CUUUGCUAUCGUUAGAAUUUCAGUUCAAGCAAAUGGUAUCUCACGGGUGGAGGUCGUUGCGUCAAAUCUCACAAAUCAUGAAUGAAUUCUAAGUUUUGUUGUACAUUUUCUAUAAAUUGGAAACGUUAUUAUCACUAUACUCAACAAAGCGUACAUAGUACAAUGAAUGAAGUAAGUGGAGGAAAACAAGAUAUAUCAAAUACUUCUACUUGGGAAACUUUAUCUGGCCAACCUGCAUCUUCAUUAUCUACAAUGCAUCAUCAUCAUCCAACAUUACAACAAGAUACAACUCCAACAGUUGCACAAGUUAUAGUUCCUACUCCUGUAAAAUUACAGACACCUAUAUUAAGUUCAACACAAAGUAUACCUGACCAUUGUUCACAGCUUGGUCAUAUACAACAAUCGGGUCUAAUGACACAGGGUACACCACCAGGAACAUUUCCAGAAUCUGAACUUUCACCUGAACUUCAACAACAAGGAUGGAAAAAAUUUUGGAGUAAACGAGAAAAUCGUCCAUAUUUUUGGAAUAAAUUAACUGGAGAAUCUUUAUGGGUAAUACCACCUCUGAAACCUCAGUUUGAUCCAAUUACGGAUCCACUUGGCAUUUGUGGUGUGCCACCUACUUCUGGAAAUGGAACUAUUCCUUCAGGAGGAACACUUAAACGCCGAGCUUCUGAAGAUAGUGUUGUUCCCGCUACAAAAAAAUUUGUAUUAGCAGGACCAUGGGAUUUGGAAAUUCCAACAAAUGUUAUAAUAUAUGAAAGGGCUCCUUCAAAUUUACCUCAUGUUCAUCCUGAAGCAGAAGCAUUACGUUGUGGUUUACUUGCAAAACUGAGACAAUGUUAUCAAGAAUUGUGUCAUACUCGUGAAUCUAUAGAUGCUCCAAAAGAUUCCUUUAACAGAUGGUUAAUGGAAAGAAAAGUUAUAGACUGUGGUUCAGAUCCUCUUUUACCAAGUCAGUGUUUCCCUGAAAUUUCUAUGUCUAUGUAUCGUGAAAUUAUGAAUGACAUCCCUAUUAAAUUAGUCCGGCCAAAAUUCACUGGUGAUGCAAGAAAACAAUUAUCACGAUAUGCGGAAGCUGCAAAAAAAAUGAUAGAAUCAAGAGCAGCUUCAUCAGAAAGUAGAAAAGUUGUAAAAUGGAAUGCAGAAGAUACAUUUCAGUGGUUGAGACGAACAGUUGGUGCUACAUUUGAUGAUUUCCAAGAUCGUCUUGCACACUUGAAACGACAAUGUCAACCACAUCUUACUGAGACUGUAAAAGCUAGUGUCGAGGGUAUCUGUCUAAAAAUUUAUCAUUUAUCAACAGAAUAUGCAAAAAAAGUUAAAGAUAAAAAUAAUCAAAUAUUAAAGGAUAAUGGUUUAGGAAAUGUUAUACCAUUAGGGGGACCAGCUAGUGCACAAAGAAAAGUUUGGUGUUAUCCUGUGCAAUUUUCUCUUCCUACUCCUCGACUUCCACAAGUGGAUUAUCUUCCUGAACGUGAACAGACAAUGUUGCGUUUUCAUGGUGAUACUGUGUGUAUUAAUAAUAUACAUCUUGCUAAAUUAGAACAUCUGUAUAGAUACAAUUGUUUUGAUGAUAAGAAAUUUGAAAUGUUUUUACCUCGUGUUUGGUGUAUGUUAAAACGUUAUCAAACAUAUCUUGGAAUUAAUGAAGGACAAGCAACACAAAUGGCUCUCCCUGUCACAGUUUUUGAAUGUCUUCAACGAUCAUUUGGUGUAACAUUUGAAUGUUUUGCAUCUCCAUUAAAUUGUUACUUUAGACAAUAUUGUUCAGCAUUUGCUGAUACAGAUUCUUAUUUCGGAUCAAGAGGAGCUUUUUUAGACUUUAGACCUGUAAGCGGUUCAUUUCAAGCUAAUCCACCAUAUUGUGAAGAACUUAUGGAAGCUAUGGUCAAUCAUUUUGAACGUCUUUUGGCUGAUUCUACUGAACCUUUAUCUUUCGUAGUAUUCUUACCAGAAUGGCGAGAUCCAGCACCUAAUGCUCUUAUUAAAUUAGAAAGUAGCCAUUUUAAGCGUAAACAAGUAGUUGUACCUGCAAUGGAACAUGAAUAUAGACAUGGAUUCCAGCACAUAUUACCAAAAGGUGAAGUCAAUAUUAGAGCAGCACAUGGAACAUUAGUUGUAUGGUUACAAAAUGCAGCUGGUAGUGCUCGUUGGGGACCUACUGAAGAAAGAGUUGAAGCAUUAUUAGAAGCAUGGCGUCCAGGAAGAGAAAGAGAACGAGAUAGACAAGAACUUUUAUCACCACCAAGACAAACACAUCAGCAAAUGCCUUCUACUCCAAUUCCUGUUUUAACAACACCCACAACUCCAACUGUAUCAUUACAAACAUUAUCUACACAUCCUAUAUAAUUCUUAAAUAAUAUUCUAGAAUCGGAAAAAAAAAUUUAAUUUUAAUUCUUUUCUAUAAAAAUCGGUUUUUUAAACAAAAUAUUUGACAUAUAAUUUAUCAAUUAUAUUUUAUAUAACAGAAACAAUAUAAUAACAUCAAAAUAUUGAUUUCUGUUAAUUCUAUUAUAAUAGCUCCCACGAUAUAAAAAAUAUAAUAAUCAAAUCGAAGAAACGUUACAAUUAAUAUUUUUGAGCAUUUAAAUAGACGAAUUGAUAAAUAUUUGAAAAAGAAAGUUAAAAAAUCAGCUUAAUUCAGCAGUUAUUAAAAAAUGUAGAAUAUGUGCGAUUUUAAAUAUUGCUGUAUUAAUUUAUUAUAUCGUGAAAGAUAUUGUAUACAUACUUCAAUAUUAUUCAUCAUUUGUUAUAAGCAAUUUAUUUCAUCUAAAGAAGAUAUACAAAUAGGUACGUACAUAUGGGUACAUAAAAUUCAUUCAAAUAUUAUGAUUUUUUAUUAUAUUAUAUAAAUUUCAUAAAAAUUCUUUCUAUUAAAAAUAGCAAGAAUUUAUCAUUUAACUUUAAUAUUUUUGUGAUGUUUAUUCUAGAGUGCAAUUCCAUUUCCUAUUUCCACAAGAAAUGUUAAAAAUGUAUGAGAUGUGAAAAUGAAAAAUAUGUAUCUAUUAUAUAGGUAUAAAAAAGCAUCAUUCGAUAAUUGAUACAAAAUCACGUUGCGUGGAGUCUAAUCUUUGUAACGGUGUUAAUUGUUGAUAAUUAAUAAGAAGACUUUGUGAGACGUGAUACCCUAAUAGAGGUACUUGCCAUGCAAGCAAACAUUGAUACUAUAUGAAAUUAUGAAAAAAAUUAUGAGAAAAUGCAAUAGUACGUAUGCAUGUGUGCGUGUGUGUAAAUAAUGAAAUACAUAAUUAUAUUUGCUUAUUUUUCAUCCGAAAAUUAGUUUAUAUGAAAAUAAUUUAAAGUAAUGCCCUUUUUAUACCUUUUAUCCAUGACAAUCUUUUUCUUUUAACAUGAAAUAAUAACAUCUAGAUACUUUUUUUUUCAAAUGUAUCAUCAGUGCAAUAUUUUAUAUAAAUUUUUAAUAGAACAUACAGAAAUAUAUUAACUUCUUUCAUAGAAGACAUUUUUUGUUACUUUUCGAUGAACUUUUAAAUUUUAAAACAUAUGUGAUGAAUUUGUAAAUUUGUAUGACACUGAAUUAAAAUAAUUAAUUUUUUUGUUCAUAAAAUCGUUCAAAAUAAAUUGAUAAAAAUUAUUUUUUCAUAAACAAAAUGUAUCUUAAGUUGAAAAUAUAUCUGUAUAUAUGUAUAUGUAUUAAACAAUCAAACUAAGUAUA